AUGAAUUAUAAUUUUAAAGUAGUAACACAACACUAUGUUUCUUCACAGGAUACAGGAGGACUCAGUGACACUGCAACAGUUACAAUAACGGUUGAAGAUUUUGACAACCUAAACCCUUCUUUUGAUCACAGUCUCUAUGAAGCAUCCAUUGAGGAAAACCAGGUAGGACAACUGUCAGACGUCACUCCUGAGGCCAUAAAAGCUCAAGAUGGCGACACGGGCAUCAACGAACCUGUAGUUUACAGCAUAACCGCAGCCUUUCCUAAUGAAUAUCAGAGCUACUUCAAUAUUGAUGAAAGUACUGGGGUCAUCUCUGUGACAACGGCACUAGACAGAGAGGAAUUUGAGCAGAUAACGGUUUACAUACAGGCAACUCAGCAGGAUGAUGCCAGCAAAACAGCAAAUGCGGUGGUGUCCGUCACCAUUGAGGAUGUGAAUGACAACCCGCCGGAAUUUGACCAGGAUCAAUACACAGUAUCUAUUCCAGAAAAUUCACCACAGGGCCAGUUUGUGCUUCAGACUAGAGUCACUGACCUAGACCUGGGAGGAUUUAUGGGAACACUGCAGAUUAUUCCAGACUCCGUCCCUUUUUCCAUCAGCCUUGAUGGAACUAUUCAGGUGAAAAGUUCUGCUGACCUAGACAGAGAGACCACAGAUAGCUUCAGUUUUCAGGUUGAAGCACAAGAAAACCCUCCUUCCACCAACAAAGCAACAGCAGAUGUGACCAUUGUUACAUUGGUUUCAAGUACCACUGUAUUGUAA